AUGUCAUCAUCUGCAAUUGCUGAUUUUGAAAGUAUCAAGCUAGACAUUGCCAAUUCAGUAAUAAGUUCUAUCAGUGGUGAUGAGCCCUUAGUAGUUGAGAGCGAUGAGUCAAACCAUGCGUUAGCAGCAACACUUAGUCAGAAUGGGCGCCCUAUAGCAUUUUUCUCAAGAAGUCUUUCGAAUUGUGAAAAGAAACACCCAUCUAUAGAAAAAGAAGCUUAUGCAAUUGUAGAGGCAUUAAGGAAAUGGAGACAUUUUUUAAUAGGGAGGCAGUUCAAACUUAUAACGGAUCAAGAAGCCGUAUCUUUUAUGUUUAACUUGAAACAUUCAAGUAAAAUUAAAAAUGAUAAAAUUAUUAGAUGGAGACUUGAGCUUUCUUGUUUUAGUUUUGACAUACAAUAUCGCCCAGGAAAGGAAAACACUGUUGCUGACACUUUCUCAAGAGUAUGCGCUGUUGUAAAUAACUCUAACAUGUUAUCUGAUUUACACAAAUCUCUAUGUCAUCCAGGUGUUACUAGAAUGUUCCACUGGAUCAAGAGUAAGAAUCUACCAUUUUCAAUUGAAGAUAUAAAGAAGUUGACCAGUAGCUGUAAUGUAUGUGCAGAAGUAAAACCAAGGUUCUACAAAAAACAAGAAGGUCAUCUUAUAAAAGCUACUUCACCAUUCGAGCGAUUGAAUAUUGAUUUCAAGGGACCGAUACCAUCUAAGACUGGAAAUAAUUAUAUCCUUACGAUCGUAGACGAGUUUUCACGCUUUCCUUUUGCCAUACCAUGCAGGGACCUGAGCUCAGCCACAGUGAUAAAGUGUCUGUCCUACCUAUUUUCUAUAUUUGGUAUGCCAGCAUAUAUUCAUUCAGAUCGAGGAGCAGCUUUUCUCUCUCAAGAGCUCACAACUUUCCUGUGUACCCGAGGCAUUGCCACUAGCCGUACAACGCCCUAUAAUCCCGCAGGGAAUGGUCAGGUCGAACGGUAUAACGGAAUUAUCUGGAAGACUGUCCAGUUGGCUAUAAAAACAAGAGGAUUGAAAUUAGAACAGUGGGAAGCUGUAAUAGCUGAUGCCUUACAUUCCAUUCGGUCUUUGCUAUGUACUGCUACCAAUUGUACGGCACACGAACGAUUUUUCGCUCAUCCUCGGCGCUCUUCAAAUGGUGGAACACUUCCGUCAUGGCUCAGCUGCCCCGGGAAAGUCUUCAUAAAGAAACAUGUACGUGCUUCAAAGUACGAGCCAUUAGUGGAAGAAGUGGAUUUAGUAGAAGUAAAUCCUGAAUACGCUUUAGUACGCUAUGAAAACGGUAGAGAGUCAAAUGUUUCGUUAAGAGAUCUAGCACCUGUGGGUGACAGAACAUUAUAUGAAGAACCUUCAGACAGAAUAGAUCCAAAAACAACACUUCAAGACACUCCAACCACAAGUGAGCCAAAGGAAGAGAUGAUUCAAACAGAUGCUAGUACAGAAGGAACAUCAAAUGAACUUGAUGGACCUCGGAGAACCACCAGAAAUAAAUCAACCCCUAAAUACUUAAAAGACUAUGUCACUAAUUAA